AUGUUCGAACCGCAACACUUUCAACCUCUCAGUCACCAUAAUCAGCUUACGGUGAAGAUGAAUAAUACAGUGAAAAGAAGAGAAAUGAAAAACCCUAAAGAAGAAGAGAAACUCCAAGUUAUGGACUUGAGUGGCAUGUCCUUGGACUCUCUUCCAAAAUCUUCACUUCAUUUAGCCAUCAUUUCUAAACUUGACCUAUCUAAUAACAAUCUAAAGAAUAUUCCAGAGUCAUUAACGGCGAGAUUACUGAACUUAGAGAUGUUAGAUGUGCACUCCAACCAACUCAGGUCUCUCCCAAAUUCCAUUGGUUGUCUUUCCAAGCUCCAAAUUUUGAAUGUCUCUGGAAAUUUCAUUGAAUCUCUUCCUGCAACCAUUGACAAUUGCAGAGCCUUAGAAGAACUGAAUGUUAACUUCAACAUGCUGAGCAAGCUUCCAGACACAAUAGGCUUUGAGCUCAUAAGACUCAAGAAGCUUUCAGUCAACUCCAACAAGCUCGUGUUUCUUCCUAGCUCCACCUCUCACCUUACGGCUCUGAAGGUUCUCGACGCGCGUUUGAACUGCCUCAGGAGCCUCCCCGACAAUCUCGAGAACCUCAUCAAUCUUGAAAUCCUAAAUGUGAGUCAGAACUUCCAAUACUUGGAGUCUUUGCCCUACUCCAUAGGGCUCCUCUUGUCUUUGGUUGAGUUGGACAUUAGCUAUAAUAGUAUCAAAACAUUGCCGGACUCCAUUGGGUGCCUCCAGAAGCUUCAAAAGUUAAGUGUUGAGGGAAACCCGCUCAGCUCACCUCCACCGGAGGUGGUGGAGCAGGGAUUACAUGUGGUGAAGGAGUAUAUGCGUCACAAAAUGAACUCGAGAGAUAAUGUCUCAACGAAGAAGAGAUGGUGGAUGGUGAAAUGUGGAACCUUCAGUGGACACAACAGAAAUAGAAAACAAACAGAACACAAAGGUUUUAGCAUGCUUCAAUAUCAACCAAUGAAUGGUCUUGCAACACCAGGCUUCAUGGGAAAGUUGUCACCUCUUCGCCUAUUCUCACCCCGCCGUUCCUUCAAUUGA